GAGGCUGGGGAUGCUUCUGGAACCCUAUCAGAACCUCCCCCUCCCCACCCACUGCUCUGAGCCCCUGGGAGAAGCCCCAGAGGGACGAACUCUGGGAUGCGGGUCAGGCCUCGGGUCAGCAGCUCAGGGGACACAGAGGGGCUUUGGCCUUCGGGGGCCGGGCAGCACUUGGUCUGACCGAGUCCACAGUGGAGCCCGGAGAACAAGCCACGAGCCGGUCGCAGGGACAGCGUGGGGCGGGGCCAGGUCAGGACAGGGCGUCCUUCCUCAGCUACGACUUCUGAGCUAGAUCGAGGGGAAGGGAUGCGAGAGACCCCAGCAGGUGUUGGGACGGAGUGGGGACCCCUGAGAGCGGGGGCGUGGCCUCCCUGCAGGCGCGUGAGAAAGGGGGGCCACGCUCGGGACCGGCCAGGAGGAAGGCGGCACACGGCGCUCCUGGCUUCUUCCGUCCGCUCCCGGGCGUGUGCUCAGGAACGAGGAAGUGGCCGAGGGCACACGGUCCUGGCUCUGCCCGGACUUGGAGCCACGGAGGGAGUCGUCAGGUCAGGGCCCGCCUGCCGCGGAGAGAAGCAGCCACCCACGGGCCCACCCACAGGCAGGCUGGGCUGCCCGGACCACACCCGGGGCCCGCGUGCUCCCCGCGGGCCGCGAGGACGGCUCUUGGCGGGGAGAGGGCCUGGUGGCGGCGGGAGGUUCUGGCACAUCCAGGAGCUGCUGCUGCUGCUGUCAGGUCGACCUCAACCCCCGAGCCACGCUGGCCGGCACCGUAUCGUUUCAGCAGGGAACUUACAAAACAACGACCACACAGUCAUUUUUAAAGACAAGAGUUGAACGAAAGCAACAUAUUUUCCUGAGGAACAAGGUAUGCUUUUGCCUUUGCCAGGCGGACCCCGAAGCCGUGCCGGUAUUGCGUCUGCCGUCCACACGCAGACACGGUUAGUCAUUAAUGCGCCCACAGCCUGGCUCCGGUUACUCGGGCUGGAGCACCCGCGGUUCCAGGGUGGCGUGUGUCCGGCGGAGACCAGGAAACGGGCCCAGGGCAGCUCUGCCAAGUCCGGCCUCAGCACCUACCGGGCGGCCAGCGUGGGGUCACAGACUGCCGCUGAGAGAACACGUACCAGCGAGGCCCGGGAUUCCUCCGGCCAGCGGGGUGGACGGAGCGCCCGCGGUGCGCCGAGUGCUGGGUGCCCGGACGCGUGCGCCUGAGCCCGCCCUCAGGAGCCUGCAGGGAGACCAGGGGGCGAGGAAGGACGGGAACCAGUACGGGCACCCACUCCACCCGUCAUUUACAGAGACGGCGGGUGUCCACCACGUGCCGGGCACUGGUCUCGGGGCCGGUGCAGGAUGGAAAAGACAGGACAGCGCCAUCAGCCCAGGACACAGAUGUCCCGCCUCCGUCAUGGAUGGUGCUAUCAGCCCAGGACACAGAUGUCCCGCCUCCGUCACGGACAGGACAGCGCCAUCAGCCCAGGACACAGAUGUCCCGCCUCCGUCACGGACAGGACAGCACUAUCAGCCCAGGACACAGAUGUCCCGCCUCCGUCACGGACAGGACAGCGCCAUCAGCCCAGGACACAGAUGUCGCCCUCACAGCAGUGACUGCAGAGUCACUGUGUGCAGCAGGAGCUGCGGCUUCCGCCUUCCCCUGCUGCUGGGUAGGCUCCCAGGCCCGUUCUCUUCCUCCUCAAAACGGACAAACAGUCCCGCCGGGGAGCACCGCGGGGAAGUGAAACAGGGCUCGGCCUGCCAGGCCGCCGCCGCUCGCUUCUCCCACGGUGCCCGGUGCCCGGUGCCUGGCAUUGCCCCCCGCCCCCCAUCGCUGCAGUGACAGGUGAGGGGGGAGGCCGGCCCUUCCAGGUGGCCUCUCUGCCGAGGAUUCCAGGUCAGCAAGGAGUUACCCAGCGCGAACCAGAGGGCACUGCCAGGCACAGCAGAGCACACGUCCGUCGAGGCCGCCCUCAUGCUGCAGCCCCAGCAGACACGGCGCAGCGAACGCCCCCAUGGUGGCCCGCACACGCGUGCUGGCCCAGGCGUGUCCCUCUCGCCCGAGGACGCCGUCGCCCUGUGGGUCUGACGCCAGGCCCACAGCCACAGCCCGCCCCCCCCUUGCUCCCUCCCAAAGGUUUCUUCGUCUCUGACACUUGCAAGAGGAAGUGUCUUCCUUCUCAGCACGGAGACCCAGGCCCAGGGGAGCCCACAGCCCUCCCCUUGGGGCUCGGGCGGGCGGCUCCCGGCUGUGGCCCUGCCUCUCCCCAGCCCCGGGCCGGUCUGCCAGGAGCUGGAGGGUGAGCAGCUGGCUCCCGAGCCCAGCUGUCAGAGGCGAAUGCGGACGUCCUAGCACGGGCUUGUUGGCACCUGUGCCUUCGUAAAUGCACCCGUGACGGUCGCAGUGCGUGCCCGGCCGGGCAUCGCCGAGGCCCCUUUGCCGGCUGUCACGAUGGACGGCCUCGCUGUGCCGCGGCUGCAGGGCAAAGGCGGGCGGAGACGGCAUCCCCUGACUGGGCCGUGGAUUUGAAUUCCGGGCUCUUCUCUGUCCAUGGCCCCUGAGUCUUCAGCUUAUCAGGGGUCACUCACACCCUCCUCCCUCCCCGACUCCGCUCUCUCUUGCACGGAUGGCUCACCCGGGAGCACAGCACCUUUGCCCCCGCAGGAGCACUUGGGGCACCUUGAGCUGCCUGGUGGGACUGAUGCUGGGACCAGUCAUUGAGUGCAGCUGGGACAAUGGAGCAGCAGAGAACUCAGAAGCAGGCAUGCGUCUUAGAAACGCACACAGAUGUCAGGUGACCACAGUAAGUAGACGAACUAGAACUAAGGCCCCAGGCUGUUUGGGUUCCUGUCCACCGUGGCUGUGCACAGCCCGGGUUCUGGGGCGGGAGGGGCGGGGGCCUGGGCAGCGCCGCUGGGCAGUGUUGGUCAGAUCCAGGCCUCCCCCUCGAGGCCACCUGGGGA